GCACUUCAAUCUUUCUAUUUCAGUUAGCAGGUUCCACUGCUCCACCCUGAAGGCAACGAAUUACGGCUCGCAAUUGAAGUGUUCGAUCCGGGCGUGCCCAUACACCUAAUCAAUUUGCCUAUGGGCUGCAUUUUGGGGUUUUAGCAUCACGUUUCUCGCACCAGAGUGGAUUUGAACUACGAGUGUGGGAUUGGAGGCAAAAAUGAGAGUGAUUCAGAAAUUUUUCAUUGCAUCACUGUUCAUGUGGGCAAUCCCUAUUGCAAUAUUAUAUGCUUUUAACCAUAAUAUGCUUCCUGGAACAUCCAAUUUAUCCCCUUACUCUGUGACACUAGUGAGUGGAUUUCUUGCCGUCAUAUCCGUUAAUGUAGUCAUAGCAUUUUACAUAUAUUUGGCAAUGAGAGAACCAGCAGCAGAUAAACAUGAGCCUGAUCCUAAGUUUCUUGCUGAGGCCAAAGCUAGUAUGAAUCAGUCUACUGGAGAUGCUCAGCAAUCUUCCCAGCCUCUCAAGAAACAACAGUAGAUGUUGUUCCAAGACCAUUUUGUUGUACUCACAAGGUGUUCUUAUCUUGGGAUGGAGAGGGAAGAACGGGGAUGAAGGGAGAAGGUCCUGAAUUGUGUUCCAAUGAUGCUUCUGUUAUGAAGUUUGCACAUUUAUGUUUCCAUGUGUUACUUUCAUGGCAUUUUUUUAUAUAUAUAUACGUACAAAAUUACUUUCAGUUCAGAAUAUGUUAUAGACUUUUUCUUC